AGGUGCUGGGAAGUGUAGUCCUGCCCCGACCUCGUCACCCACUUCCGCUUCCGUCCAGCGCAGCACCAACGUUGUUUCUCACGCGGUGCCUUGCCUUCUUGGGAUUGUUUCUUAUAAAAGAGGCAGGAAUAAUGUGACUUGGAUUAAAGAUGGCGGCGUGAGAGGAGAGACAGAGGCUUCCUCCUAAACUGAAUACAAUUAGAAAAUUUAAUUGGCGCAACUAAUCCUGAGAGAGCAACAGGAAAGAGGACGCUCAGACUGCACACACCUGGAGAAAAGAGCCGAUCUCAAGCGAACCGGAAACUUCUUUGGCUGUCCUCAGCCGUCUGCAGCAUUCUUGACUCCCUGGACUGCGUGUCCCUCCAGAGCAGGGCCUGUGCCUCAAGCUACUCAGGAAAGGUCUUCCGGAGGCAUGAUAUCCAGAGGGUGUGAACCUACUGGAGACCCAGAGCUUGGGGCCCCAAAGAAAGGACUCAGAAAAAGGCAAGUUCCUUCUUGAGCCCACAGGUUCCUGGAGCCUGGGAACCCGCCAGGCUCGGCAGGCACUUCUGACCCCAAGUAUCCAUCUGCAACCCCUUGUCAGAACUUGAAGAGUCUCAAGAAUGAAGAACUACUGGGUCUUUUGCUUCUCCAGCUUAGGAAGAUCAGACAAUAAAUAAAAUUGCUGCUGCUCUCGGAAAACCAAGGAGGAGACCAUGGAGGCUUUGAGCCCAAGGCCUGGGGAAAGAGCUCUUCCUUCUCACGCCUCAGCCCUUUCCCAGCAUGAGGAAGACAAGACCAAGUUGCAGGAGCCAUUGACGUUUGAGGACGUGGCUGUGAUCUUCAGCGAGGAGGAGCUCCAGUUGCUGGACCCCGCCCAGAGGCAGCUGUACCGAGACGUGAUGCUGGAGAACUUCUGGAACCUGGUCUCUCUAGGAGACAAGAAUGAAAAGAAUAUGGAGUAUAUUCAAGAAAGAGCAUUAAAGUUCCUUUCAUACAGAGAACUGUCCUACUUGAAAAUCUGGGAACAAGUGACUGGUGAAUUAGCUGGGAGUCUUGACCACAGAGUAAAUCUUCAAGGGAAAGAUUUCCAGUUCUCCAAAGAUGCUCCUGUCUGUCAGGGGUUGGAAGGAACAUAUACUCAGGGUUCACAUAUUGGAAUUUUGGUGGCCAGUCCUCAAGGGGAUGGAUCCGUCAAUUUAGAAAAUCAAGAAUUUCCAACCUGGAGACCAGUCUCCAUUCAAGAAUCUUGGAUGAAAGCCUUUGUGAAUGAGCCCUGGAAUGUUCGAGAAAGGUGUAAAAAACUUAACAUGGAAGAUAUGAUAUAUAAAUGUGACAGGGAUGAUUAUGGCUUCAGCUGGGUAUCACAUUGUCAUGAUGAUCAUAAAUUACCUGAAAGAGAGAGACCAUGUAGUUGUGAUAAAUGUAGAAAAGAUUGCAUUGCAAAGCAAAUACGUCAUUGCCCCAAUCCCGAAGAGAAUGGCUUUAAAACAAAUGGUUGUGGAAAUGGAUUUAGGGAAGAUUCAAACCUUCUCACUCAUCCAAGAGUGCCCUUGAAGGAGAAACCCUAUAAAUUUCACGAGUUUGUUAAGGGCUUGAGGCAACCUGCCUAUCUUGAGAGACAUCAAAGAAGUCCCAGUGGAGAGAAAUCCAGAAGCAAUGAGCAUAGUCAGGGCUUCAGGCAGAACACACGUAGGCACACCCGUCCCAGGGUCCAUGCAGGAGAGACGCCCUACAGAUGCGAUGUCUGUGGGAAGGCAUUCAGGUUUAAAUCAGUCUUUCUCAUUCAUCAAGGAGUACACACGGGGAAGAAACCCUAUACAUGUGAGGAGUGUGGGAAGGCCUUUGGCCGAAGCUCAAACCUGCUUGUGCAUCAGAGGGUCCACACUGGGGAGAAACCAUAUAAAUGCUGUGAGUGUGGAAAGGGCUUCAGCUACAGCUCGGUGCUCCAAGUCCAUCAGAGGCUGCACACAGGGGAGAAGCCCUACACGUGCACUGAGUGUGGCAAAGGGUUCUAUGCCAGGUCCGCACUACAUAAGCAUCAGCACCUCCACCCAGGAGGGAAGCCCUAUCGCUGUGUGGAGUGUGGGAAGGGCUUCAACUGUAGCUCCCAUCUCAGCAGCCAUCAGAAAACACACACAGAAGAGAAACCCUACCAGUGUGACAAGUGUGACAAAGGUUUCAGUUACAACUCGUACCUUCAAGCUCACCAGAGGGUUCACACGGGGCAGCGCCUCUAUGUGUGUGAUGUGUGCGGUAAGAGCUUCACUUACAGCUCGGGGCUUCUCAGGCAUCAGAGGCUGCACACGGGAGAGAAGCCCUACAAAUGCGAGUGUGGGAAGGGCUUUGGCCGAAGCUCAGAUCUCCACAUCCACCAGAGAGUCCACACGGGAGAGAAACCCUUCAAAUGUGUGGAGUGUGGGAAGGGCUUCCGGCGGAAUUCAGACCUUCACUGCCACCAGCGUGUCCACACAGGAGAGAGGCCCUUCGUGUGUGAUGUGUGUGGAAAGGGCUUUAUUUACAGCUCCGACCUCCUCAUCCAUCAGAGGACCCACACGGGAGAGAAGCCCUACAAAUGUGCCGAGUGCGGCAAAGGCUUCCGUUACAGCUCAGUUCUUCGCAUUCACGAGAGGGUCCACACUGGUGAGAAACCCUACAAGUGCAAAGAGUGUGGAAAAGGUUUUAGGUGCACUUCUAGUCUUUACAAACACCAGCGAAUCCACAUGGGAAAGAAGCCCUACACAUGUGAUCAGUGUGGCAAGGGAUUCAAUUAUGGCUCAAAUCUUCGCACCCACCAGAGACUGCACACAGGAGAGAAACCCUACAGAUGUGAGGUGUGUGGGAAGGGCUUCAAGUACAGCUCAGGUCUCCUCAGCCAUAAGACAGUCCACACUGGAGAGAGACCCUACAGAUGUGAGGUGUGUGGGAAGGGCUACAAUCAGAGGUCCUAUCUUCAAGAUCAUCAGAGGGUCCACACUGGUGAGAGACCCUAUAAAUGUGAUGAGUGUGGGAAGGACUUUGGUCGAAUCUCCUGCCUUCACGUGCAUCAGAGAGUCCACACCGGAGAGAAGCCGUACAAGUGUGAGGAGUGUGGGAAAGGCUUCAGUUACAGGGCAGGUCUUCGAAAUCACCAGAGAGUGCAUUUAAAUGAGAAACCGUAUGAGUAGGUGUGAGGUGACGCCUCCAGUUUGAACUCAGAACUUUCUAUUCACUUGAGAGCCCAUGCCGGAGGAGAACUUGACAAACAUGGUACGUACAGGGGCUGCAGACGUUUUCCUAGCAGCGAGUCUGCACAGGAAAGGAAGGAGCUGGAAGUUUGGCAAAUAUGAAAGCAGUUGAAUCACAAACUUCAGUCUUCGAGAGACUCUUGCACAGCGACUAGUCCUUAAAGAAGUGAUGUAGCAGUGGCUUCAGUGACAGUUGUCACUUUCAUCAGAGUAGGCCUAGGAGGGAGCUUUACAAAUGUUUACAAGUAGAAUGUAUCAAAGGAGCAAAUAUUCUUUGUUGCAGGAGAAACAUACAAAUGGGACACAUAGGGAAACAAUUACCACAUUGCUAAAAGUAAUGCUAUAUGUACCUUUCAGAAAAUGCUUCUUAUAAAAAUUGGAAGGUGAUGUCAUCACUGGUUGAAGCAAGUCCCUUUUAGAAGGCCUGGCAGUUGAAGGGAGAGUCUUCUUGGCAGGUCUGUGUAAUGUGUCUCCAUCAUGUUUUUGUGAUUGUGUUUUAUCUCAUAGAGGUAAACUGCUCUCAGAGAUUGUGCUAAACUGCAGGAGUAUUUCAUUUAAUCAUGUUUUAAAAAUCUGAUUGGGCUUUUAAUUGGCAUUGAAUGUAUAGGUUAAUUUAGAAAUUUUGAAAUGCUGAUUUGUUUUCCAUUUUGAAGUGUUUGUUUCCACUUAAUGUAUUUUAAAAGACUCCUCAGUAAUAUCUUUUAGAGAUUAAAAAAAUAGGUUCUGAACAGUCUGGAAUUUGUUAUUCAUGAACAUAAUAUGUUUACCCCAUUUCAUAAGCCAUUGACAUUUAAGACAAAUACUAGAACAUUUUUAAAUAUCAGAAAUAACCAUUGUAACCUGUCAGAAUAGCAGUAGUAAAAUAGAGUCACACAGCCACCAUCAAUGGAGAACUGUGUUAAUGUGCAUUCUUAUGGACUUCUUGGUGGGAAUGAAAAUAGUCUUUUUUUUUUAAAUUUGUCAGUGUAUGAAAUUCAAUUUGUAUAACCUUUGACGUGGCAAUAAGUGUAUAGUGAUUUAUACUUGGGAGCUAGUGGAAUAUACUUGCAUGUGUGGAAAAAGAUGUAUGUGUAUGACCCAGUUUCAUAGCAUGUUCUUAUGAUAGAAAAAAAAAUACUAAUACACCAAGUGUAAUGCAUGAAGGCACAUGCGUACAUGGGAAACCCACUAAAAAUAUUUGAGUGUACCUAUAAUGACUUUGAAGAUUGCCCACAAACUAGGGAACCUGGAAAGUUAUAGAACAACAAUUACGAGUAUGACCCAUUUUCUUAAUACGUGUUCAUGGGUGUAUGUUUUUAAAGAAAGAGAAGAUGAUGUGAGAAAAAGGUCAGUAUCAUAACUGCUUAUCUCUAGCAGGUGGGAUAUGGGGUAUAUAAAUACGUUCAUGUACUUUUAUGUAUUUUACUUUUAAACAGAGUGUAUAUCAAUUUUAUAACAAUAGUAAAGCUAUUUUUUUUU